AAUAUUAGGUGCAUCUUGGCAGAUAUGAAAUAUAGUACUAUACAAGAGAGCCACAUGUUACAAGACAAUUGGGUUAUAGCUACAAGUUAGUUAUAUGUUCUGCCAGCUUCGUUAUAUGUUCUGACAUGAGUUACUUUUGUGUUAUGCAGAAAAACAAGAUUCAUGAGUGCAAUGGCAAAUGGAAGGUGAAGGCCCUUUUGAUUGACAACUUAGGAAAAGAUGGAAUGGAACUCAAAUUUUGGUGGUCGGUCAAGUGUGUAGAGUUGAAAUCAUAUAUACUUAGUUAUGCUCAACUUUAGCGCAAACUGUUGGUGACCAUGUUUUUUAGUUAGUAUUUUAGUUUGGAUUUAGAGUACACUUAUGUAUGAGUUAUUUAGCAAUGCUUAUUUUUGAGAUAUUGAAUGAUACUUAUCUACAUUAUAUUAACUAUAAUGUUAUUAAAUAUAUGUGUGUAUGUAUAUUAUAAUGUGGUAUCUCAAAAAUGAUUAUAAAUUGAAGAAUGUAUUGCCAUGUAAGUCAUUUCAUUUAAACCAUAAUAAGACAGUUCCCAAAACGUACAAUACCAGUCUCUAAAAAAGUCGGUUCCUAAAAUGUCUAAUAUCAGAUGCCUAAAUAAGAUGGUUUUUCUAUUGCAAGCAUCUAUUAUUAUAGGACAUUCUAGACAAUUUGAUAAAUAUUUUGUGACUUAUAAUGUUCGUAUUCUCGAUGGUUCUUUAGAAUAAGUGUCUUAAACAAAAUCUAAUUCAAGACGGUUUACCGGACAAAAUGACUUAAACAAAUAUCUUUUUUAGACAGUUAUAAAUUAAAAAUGUCUUAUAUAAUAUCUUUUAAGACGGUUUACAUCCAUCUUAAAUGUGGGACAUCUUUUACGACUCCAUCAAAUUUGGACACUUCAUAAGUGUCUUAAUAACUGAAAAUUAACCGUCUUAUAUAACAUGAUUUGUAGUAGUGAGGAAGGGGUAUUACAAAAUUGGAGGACAUAUUUGCAAGGGGGUCUGAGGUGCCAAAAAUUAAAAUAGAACUGAAUGAUUUUGGUCAACCUGUUGGAAACAAUUCAAGGAAGUUUUUUAGUGCUAUUGGAUGUCAUGUGAGAAAGAAGUUGUCAGUUAGCAGUGUUGAUUGGAGGCUAGUGGAUGGUGAGAAAAAGUAUGAAGUAUGGACUGACCUAAAGAUGAUGCUGCCUUUAACUGGUUUUUAAUCACUGCUGGAAGGAAAUGGAAGGAUUUCAAGUCAACCCUAAAGGCGCAGUAUUUUAAUGAGAAUUUAACAGAAGAGGACCUAAAGGACAAACAUAGCGGAAGGGUUAAUGAUGAGGAUUGGAAGUUUCUUUCUGAAUAUUGGGUGUCUCCUGAAUGUGAAGAAAAGACAAAAAAGCCAAAUUUAGUCGUUCAAAGGUUGGGGUACUUCAUACUUGGGCAGUAAGAGCUUCGCUCGCUCUAGCCAUGAAAUGUCUAAGGAACUAGGCCGUCCUCCUAGAAGAGAUGAACUCUAUAUCAAAACACAUACGCGGAAAAAUGGAGUUCCAACAAGACAUGCUGAACCAGUUAUUAACAAACUUAAGGAAAUUGUUGAGGCCCAUCCAGAGUUGAAGGAAAGAACAAUUCAAGAAUGUGAUGCUUUUGCUGCUAUUUGUGGAGAGAGAGAGCCAAGAGGACGUGUCCGAGUUUUGGGUCUAGGACCAACUCCACAAGAUAUUGGUACCCCAGGCUUGAGAAGUUACACACCCACAAGACUCCAAAUGGAAGUCUUAGCCCGCAAAAAGGCUGAAAGUGAGAAAGCUGCUCUAGAACAACGCAUAGCAGAAAUGGAGGAGAAAAUGCAGGAGCAAAGGAUGGGCAGAGAUGUGGAAAUCAUUUCACAUGAUGGUUCUAAUACACGACACCAUCCGGACACAAGGUCUGGGCAACAUGUCAAUGAAACACAUAACAUUGCUCAGUUUCAUGAAGAUGAAGCUUAUGUGGAGGAUGAAAUCUCUAAUGAGGGUGAAAAUUUGCUUGGCAGUAAUCAUGUUAGUGUUACCCCUACAGUAAAUCCAUCUCAAGGCAACCAUAUUAAUGUAACAACACCAACACAACCCUCUAGGAAGACGACCAAUGCUAGCCCAAUAGUGCAACCAUCUCAAGGCAACACUAUUAGAGCUACCCCAACAAUUCUGCCACUUCACACUGAACUUAUUGGAAAGGAUGUGAUCUUAUAUGCCAUAUUAAGAGAUCAUGCUAUGGCUAAGGGAACAAUUAUUUCAACUAAUCCUAGCUCAGUGUUAGGAGGAGUUGCUCUAGGAAAGCAAUAUUGUGAGGUUGUUGUGAAUGUUGUGCUGAAAAGGGACGCCCUUCUACCUCACCCAUAUGGUUAUUUGGAGAAGAUGGGUGAUGCUGAUCGGAUGUCGAUCGCAUGGCCAUACAAGAGACUAAAGGUGAGCAAGACAUCAAAAUCAUCCUACAGUGCUACAGAAGGGAGGUCCUAGAGGUUGUUGUGGUGCCUAUGGAUGCUACAACAAGAAAGAUCAAAAGCUCUUUUGGAUGGAUGCAGCUAACUAUUUUGUUUUGUAUUUUCUCGAAAAGAGAAAUUUGCAAGUGAACUUCAAAUUGUGAAGCAAACAUGUGGCUGUAAUAGCUAGUAUCUCUAAGCUUUUACAAGUCAAACUUAGGGUUAUUGCCUGCAUAUUUUGAUCUUUAUUGCGACAAGAGCAAACUUGUGACCUUUAUGUAUAAAUGCAGUACAAUUGUUAUUGCCAUGAAUGAAAACAUGAGCUACGUUUAACCAAA